GCCAUCUGCACGAAUCGAUGGUGCACUAUCGGAGCCCGCCAGCCUGCUCAUCGUUGACGGUGCAAGUCUAUGGUUACCGCUCAUGAUUGAUGCGUUGCUAAUCACCAAUAGUAACGCAGGUGUGUCGCCAGCGAUAACAGACGGUGCAACAGCAGCGAGCGGCCUAAAAGCCUUAUUACCUUUAUCAAGCGACAGAGAUAGAUCAACCAUGGGUAUCCUUCUCUAGCCUCCUCAUACGUGCUUCCUCCUUCCGCUUCUUGCUCUUACACCGUUGCUCCUGACUGCCCGCAUUCCGAGAGUAUUCUUGGCGGCAACGGAACGCUGCGACCAACAGCACUGCACGGAGGCCUUGCAAAAGGCAUCUCUAGCUUGUACGCUUCACCAGGCGUCCUGUUCGCAGUAACAGAAACAAGUCAACAUGGCCUUCCGCUUCCUCGCCACAGCCGCUGGCCUCACCUUUGCCGCAGCCGCAACGAUACCAGACACAAGUACCACCGGACCAGCGUCAACCAGUGCAGCCGUUACUACGACCACUGCUGCCGUCGCCCAAGCCUCUUGUCCCGGUGAAACAAUGCCUUGGACGAUCAGCAAUCUCCAGAUCUUUCAAGCCGCCCCCAACUGCUCAGAACAAAGCUACGUCUGCUUCCACUUUUGCGACCAGAACACCGGCAUCGCUUUGGACACGGAUUGCACCCGUAAUGUGGCUCCAGGCGGAGCGCUGGUUGACCCGAAUACGUACUACGACUGCGACAACGAUGCUGUCAGCUUUGCCUACGGCGGGGAUACUCUUGAGAUUGCGAGGUGGUUUGUGAAUGACUGGCAAGCUACUGCGUGGUUUUCAAGGAUGAUAGAAGGUUGCUGACGAAGUGUGCUGUAGUGUUGGCGAGCCACCUUGGAACAAUGUGCAUGCAUUUGGCACCGGGAGCACGAAGGUUGUGAAUCACACUACGGAUCAAGGGACCAUGUGGUGGCAAGCAGUCAUGUAUGUCAAGAUGACAGCGGAAGUGGCGUGAGUGGUACGGAGUCGGAAGCCCGACAGACCUGGUACAACCGACGAUACAGCUCAGUGGAGUUGUAGGUUGUUGAUACAAUGUGCACGAGGG